AUGCCCCUGUCCAUGUCGGUAUUUGACACGGAUUUCGUCGUGACGGCACAAACUCUCGUGCAUCUCGACGACACUAUGUCGUGCGAGACUGCGAGCGCGAUACCGGUUUCCCACGAACCGGAUCGUGCUUGUCAGCAGCAGCUAGACGACGUUUCGGUCGACGCCGUUUCAGUUGACGUUUCGGGCGAGGCGCUCGGCGUUUCGAGCGACGCGUUAGGCUCGGUAUUGGACGUGAUGCACGACCCGUGGCGCGUGGAGGGGCUCGAUCUGCAGGGACCCAACUAUGCUGUCGUACGCCGCACGCGCGUGUGCCCUAUUCAGCGCGCGAGCAUUCCGCCGGGAAUUGCGGCGGGAGCUGCGGCGGUAGCCGCGGAGCGAGAAGCUUCCCCGAACGAGCCGGUGGUAGUUGGGAAAAGACGGAGGAGGAGAGGCAAGGGGAAGAGAGUGACGGGUGAAGGGAGGGCGAUUGGUGGGGAGAGGGAAGGAGGGAGAGCGCAGGAGAGGCACUGGGAGGGUGCGCGCACGGCGAGGGAAGGAGGAAGGCCGGUGACAGGCGCUGUGGCGAGCAGCAGAGGCGGAGGGUUGGCACGGGCACACGCAGAGGGUGCUGGUCUUACCCGUGCUGCUGCUGCUGGUGGUUCUGCUGCUGCUUCUGAGUCGGUUGAUUUUGCUGAGGGGGGGAUUGCCGCGGGGAUUGCCGCAGGAAUUGCUGCGGGGAAUGGUUUUGCGGGUAGGGCGAACCGAGGGGCGCGGAUGGGAGGGAUGGCGGAGAUUGGUGGGGGGAGAGACGGCGCAGAUAGGGAGGCGGAGGGCGGAGGUGAGGGAGGAGCGGAAGGGAAUGGCGUAGAGACAAAAGCCCCGCACUCGAGCGAAGGGAAGCAUGAUACGAUAGGAGAUUCCCAAGGAACUUCUCAGGGCGGUGCGCAGAAUGAUGGCCGAAUGCAGGGCGUGCAGCAGCGGCAGCAGCAGCAGGAAGAGGCGGAGGGGGGUGGGGAGGGAGAGGAGGAGGGGGAAGAGGCUGUAAGGGGCAGAAGCAGUGAGAGGGGUCGUGGUGUGUGGCAGGCAGCAGCACAGCUGACAGCAGGCGGGACAGCAGGUGAAGCGGGCGGCACAUCCAAGGCAGCAGCAGCAGCAGCAGCAAUGGAUAAUCCCAGCACGCCUCUUGAAGCAGCAGCGACGGCGGCAGCAGCAGCAGCAGGGGGAGGUAUGGCAGGAGGACGUAUGGCAGGAGGAGGUAUGGCUGGGGGAGGUUUGGUUGGGGAAGGUAUGACUGAGGAUGGCAUAUCGGGCGGUGCAGCAGGCGUGGGUUCCGUGUGUGCGGGGCGAGUGGUGAAGGGCAAGGGGCCAGGGCAGUACCUGUUUCAAGCAGAGGACGGAGAGGGAUUCACGAGCGUUGAUGUGGGCGCGAACGGCAUGUCUGUCGUCUGUAACGCCCGGGGAUGCCGCCCCGUGCGGGUAGACGAAAGUUUUGUGGACCGGCACGGGCUGCCCCAGAGCCUUUCGCAGCUGCCCAACGGCGCGGGCAGGCUCGCGGAAGGAGGGGGCGUGGGGGAAAUGGAGAGCGGAGACGGUGGGUUGGGCAUGGGCGGAGUGGGGGAGAUAUUGGGGGUAGAUGUUGGGGAAAGUGUAUGGGGAGAAGGGGGGGUGGUGGGGGGAGAGGCUGAGGAUGGGGGGGGUGUGGGACGGGGAGGUGAGGGGGAAAGGGAGAGGAGGCCGGUUGGGAAGGGUGAAAAUGGAUUGGCAGCGGUGGAAAGGGGUAAGGAGGCGAUUAUGGAGUUCGAAAGAAGGGAGGAUGAGCGUGGGGCAAGGUCUGCUUGGGAAUACGGUGGGAUUAAGAAUGGAGGCAAGAUGGCGGAAGGGAGAGAUGGUGGGGAAGCUACGGAAGGGAGUAGCACGAUGGAGGAGAGCGAAGCGAGGAACGAAAGCGACGAGAGGGAGGAGAAGGAGGAGAGGGAGGAGAGGGAAAGAAGGCACAGUGGAGAAUCUGGUUCUAGAGCUCCCCGCGCUGGUGUGCGCCUGAACAGUGAGAGGAGACGAGGAGAGAGCGAGAGGGAAAGGAGAAGGAAAGAGGGAAGGGGAGGGGAAGAAGGAAGGGGAGAGGGGGAGGGAGCAGUGGUGCACGGCGGGAUGAGUGUGGAGGGGAUGACAGUGGAGGGGCCGGCAGUGGGGGGGAGAGCAGCGGCGAGUGUGGAGGAGGAGGACGAGCAGUACUUGCGUGCUGUGCGCAGUGAUCCCACCAAUGCUCUGCUGCUCUGCGACUAUGCCCGCUUCCUCUGUGAGAUCAAGGACUAUCAUCGGGCAGACGAAAUGUUCCGGCGGGCAGUUGCAGCCAGCCAAGCAGAGGGACGGGCGCGCAUGAAAGGACGGGCAGCACGAAUGGAUCAGAUCCCUAGCAGCCCCACAAACAAUGGGGGGCUGAAGGGGUUAAAAGGAGUGAAAGGAGCCACAGGAGUGAAGGGGGUGACAGGGGUGGAGGAGGGGGAGGUGCUGGUGCUGUGGGCUAAGGCGGUGUGGGAGGGGUGGCGCGAUGGCGAGCGGGCCCUGGCUCUCUUUGACCAUGCAGUGGAAGUGGCGCCUCAUGACUGCUAUGUGUUGGCAGCAUAUGCAUCCUUUCUCUGGUCCGUGGAAAGCGCAUCUCCCUCUGCCUCCUCAGGCAGCAGCAGCAACAUUACCACCACCACCACUACCACCACCACGACCACCACCAGCAACAGCAGCAGCAGCAGCAGCAGCAGCAGCAGCAGCAGCAGCAGCAGCAGCAGCAGCAGUGUGAGUAGUGCAUCAGGCGGCCCUUUGUGUCUGAACCCCAAGCAGGGGCAGAAGCCCCCUUCCAUGAGCCUUGCUGCUCGUUCACUUGCCACAGGCAGACUAGGUGACAGCACCGGUAGUCACACUGGCAGUGGUAUUGCUGGCAGCACUGGCAACGGCGGCAAUGGCGACACAUAG